CAAAAGAUUGUGUCCAGCGCAGUAUAGUACGACCACAGCUGGUCAAGAGAUUGUAUACAGCUGAGAGGAAAACUUACCAAAAGCGUGUGCCCAGUUGACACAAUAAAGACCAUCAACAUGAUAUCACAGAACAGGGUCCUCUUUUUUGGAACAUUCCAUCAUGGAUCGAAAGAAAGUCAAGCGAAGCCCAGAAGUUGGGGGAGGGGAUGGUCAUAAUUUGGAAGAAAACACCAAGGACCUUAAUCUUUCUGAUAUUGCUGCUAUUAAAAAUUCUUUUACAAGAUUGAAGAAAAAGAGACAUAAACAUAAAAUGCAUAAACCUAAGCUGUCACCUUUUGAGGAGAGAUACUCCUGGCUUUACAGUGAAAAUAAGCUAAAACCUGAAGACAAACGGAUAGAUUAUGUCCUGGUUUAUCCCGUACCCAAAGACUAUUCACAUGAUGCUGCAAGAGCCCAAGCAGAAGAGAAAAAAACUGUGAAGCGGGAAAAGUUUGAAAACUUAAUACUAGGUGAGGGUUUUCUCAUACAAAAGACCACCAUUAAGGAGAAUGUUUUUGUCAAGCUCCAUUGUUCUUUCAAGAGGCUGUGCUAUGAAGCUGAAAAAGUGAAACUAGAAAUGCCGUUGAAAGAUUGUAGAAUACCAGAGGGGGAACCACACAGCAUAUUAGGGAGGUUUAUUGCUGAUCACCUAGAAACAGAUGGGGAAGUUUCAGACUUUGUCAGCACUCCAUUCAGGAUGAGUAAAGUUGAUAGAUUUGAUAAAUAUGAAGAUCCAGAAAACUUCUUCAGGCCAGCAUUGAGAUCACUCUUGGUGGACCAUAUUCUAUCAAACAUAGACAUAUCUGAAAGUGAGGCUAAGAAGAAGGAAGAUGCGGGUGUAGAGCCAUCGGUUGGAGGCUGCCUAGAGAGUAUCUUAUGUUGCGGUGAUUCAAAACCUGGCAUGCCUAAGGACUUGCAGAAUAAAAAUGUUUGUACCAAGAGAGGGUUACCCUACCUGUUGAUGAAAAAUGUUUACACUGAAGCAUUUAUACUUCACGAUGAAUCCCUUCAUCGUAAAAGUAAAAUGGAAAACAUUCCUCCCCAGAGCGGCAAUAUGUUCACAGAAACAGAUGCAUAUAAUCAAAAUAUAACGGACGCCCGCAAAGAGUUAAAUGACAAAUGGACCCGGCCGCUAGCUUACCAGCCAAUGUGGCAUAUCAGAAAUUAUUUUGGUGAAAAGAUUGCAUUUUACUUUGCAUGGACUGGCAUGCUGGUAACAACACUGUGGAUUCCAAUGUUUUUUGGAUUUGCAGUUUUCCUGUAUGGACUGCACAAAAGUAUCACAGAUACAUCAGCAGCGAGAAACGGAACAGGGUCAGCUGAGCUGCAGAAUGUACUUGAAGACAUCAAAAGGGCAUUCGACAAUGAUGUAACACCAUUUUACUCACUGUUUAUAUGCUGCUGGGGAACAAUUUUUCUGGAAGUUUGGAAGCGACAGUCUGCUAGAUUAGCAUACGAGUGGGAUGUGGAUAUGUAUGAAGCCAAUGAGCCAGAUAGGCCUCAGUUUAAAGGGACCAGAUUUAAAAAGAAUCCCAUUACCAGUGAAAUUGAUUGGUACUAUCCAUUUGGAAUGCGAGCUUUAAAAUUUGCGACUUCAGGAAUGGUGUUCAUUGUAAUGGUUAUCGUAGUAAUAGCCAGUGUCAUUAGCGUGAUCAUUUACAGAGUCAUUAUUAGUAUUGACUACUGCCCCACCAUGUCAAACCAAGCAUGCUUUGUUCUCACAACUAUUGUCUCAUCAGUUCUAAAUGCUGUUUCCAUAAUAAUAUUAGGACUGAUAUAUGAUAAGCUAGCUGUCAUGUUCACAGAUUGGGAGAAUCACCGUACGCAAACUGACUACAAUGAUUCCUUGAUUCUCAAAGUGUUUACAUUCAAACUUGUGAACAGUUACGCAUCUUGUUUUUAUAUUGCAUUUUUCAGAGGGCAAACUGGUCGGAGCCUGCUGGAGUCUCGCUACGUUGACUCCUGUGAAGGUUCAUGCAUGACUCAGUUAAGUUUUCAAGUUAUGACGCUGAUGUUAACCAGGCCUUUAUCAAAGUUUGUUUCAGACGUAGGAAUACCAAUCGCCAAAAACAUAGUUAAGAAAAUGAAGAUUAUCAAACUUUGCAAAAGUAUGCUUUGCUGUCGAAAAAACCAGGUGAAAAUAGAAAAUGAGGAAGAAAAUACUCCCCAGGCAAUAUUUCUAUUUAAUGAAUGGAGCAAACCAAGUUUAGGAGAUUUUACUCUUGGAGAAUAUACAGAAAAGGUCAUUUUAUAUGGAUAUUUAAUGCUUUUUGCCUGUUCAUUUCCCCUUGCCCCAAUGAUUGCACUAAUUGUGUGUAUGAUAGACAUCCGGGUGGAUGCCAAAAGGUUGCUCUGGCUUUUUAGACGGCCUGUCGCUCUCAUAAGUGCUGACAUAGGCAUGUGGUACAACAUCCUGACCUUUCUCAAUCUUCUUGGAGUACUGAGCAAUGCUUUUAUUAUUGCCUUUACAUCAAACUGGGGCUCACAGUUUAGUAUGAUGGGAAAACUGUGGGUGAUCAUUGGCUUUGAGCAUAUUGUACUAGCUUUGAAGUUUUUUCUUGCAUUCAUAAUCCCUGAUGUACCUCAAGAUGUUACGUUAGCUAUGAGGAGGGAAAAGUACCUCAUUCACAAGAAACUGGAAAAGGAGAUAGAUGUCAAAAUCACGACAGGUUUUAAUGAACUAUUUCCGGAUUCUGAGAAGAAACUCUCAUCAGAACCGUCCAAGGUGACAUCCAAAGGUACAUUAUUAGCAGCAGGAAAUGGAACUAACCCUGCCCCAAAUUAUCGGAUGAAUUUUUUGUCACCGGAGCAUAACGUUGAUACGGGAGAUUCCUUUGGCCCUAGUCCUGAUAUAAGCAAGACACAGGUCACAGUAUUCCAGACGGUUCCAGAAGAUACAGAAGUAACAGAAGCUUAAAACUUUCAACCAAGACCCUCAUUAAUUUUCAACUAUACAAACAUCUACUGUUAUAUACAAUAAAAUUUUGACAUCAUUAAAUAAAAAAAAAACAAUUCUUAUUGUACAUAUAUUUAAAAUCAAUGUUUAUUAUCAUUAUAUUAAAAACAAUAUGUUAACAUCAUUAUGGAAAUAAAAAAUCAAUUUAACAUUUUAUUCUACAAAACUGAGUAUUUUUUUUAUAAUAAAAAGUGAAGCAGCUAUUUUAAAAUUCUUUUUUUUUACUGUUGUAUCCAAUAUCUUAGUACAAAUAUAAUUCUGUUUUCCCUAUUACAAAUGCCUUUGAACAUUAAACAUUUUCAGGGUUGAUUUAGAGUUUGAAUGUGCUGUUGCAUUGUUUUGCACCUUACAUUUGUAGAAAUUAAAUAAUGUUAUUGUUGAUCUAUCUGAUUGAUACAUUGCAGCUUCUAUAUUGCCUUACUUUUUUGUAUUAUUUUUGUAAGUACAAAAUGUCAGUUUGAAAAAAAACCAACUAUUUAUUAAGUGCCAAAAUUGUUUAAUGAUCCUUUCCUUUGUUUUUGUUAUCAAUUAUUUAGAUUGUUCAAUAGCACCAGAAUCUCAGCUUUUUUUUAUAUUAAUAUUAUUUGUAUAUGUGAUAAUUCUAUUGAAUAAUUAUUAUUAUAUUCUCAUUCAGGCUAACUAUUUACACUUCUUAUCAUAGUAUUUUUCAAUAAAUAUUGCUCUUAAGGGGUUUGCUUACAUCAAAUAUUGAAACUGUUUUGUUAGCUUUUAAGUCAUAGAAAUAUCAUAAAGCUUAUGAUUGUUUUGAAUUAAAUGAAUUUUGACGAUAGCAUUUUUAAUCUUCAGGAAGUAGAGAUUAAGACUGUUAAUGUGGUUAGUGCAAUAACCAGCUGCUCUCUUUUUUUGGGAUUAGCCCGUCAAAACUGAAAUUUUAGUAUUGUCUGUACUGGCAAAAUUCUUUUUUAUUUAAAAAAAUCAAAUAUUGAUUAGGGUUAGGUUUAAAAAUCAAUUUGUGGAAAAUUGUCAAAAAUUUCAGUUUUGCCACUACAGCCUAGACCCUCUAAUUUCACAAAUUUGUUAGAGUUAAAACAGCACUGCUCACCCAAGUAAUUUACCUAAACUUGAAUCAGUAUCCAAAAGAAAUGAGCAAGAAUUAUCAAGUAUUAUUGAUCUUCUAAAACAUUGUUCUCUGUAUUAUUAGGGCAGUUUUUUUUAAAUUCUCUUCUACUUUUAUUAUUGUUUAUUUCCACUCUUUAUUGUCUAUCAUGGAGAGACUUCAAUCAAGCCUUCUGACACUUGUUGUAUGCAUCCAAUUAAUGUGUUUAAUUAAGUAAACCUGCUGAUGUGUUAGAUUCUAUGCUUCUUCAAAACAUGUUUAUAUAUUUAAUUUAUGCUAUUACAUCUCCACACCACAAGGAAUACAUUUUUUCGUUUCCAGGCAAUAUAAUUUUGUAUGUCUUUAAGGUUCUAUUCAUUUUAUUAUGCAAUUAUUUUUAAUUAUUUAAGUUACAGAAAAAAAAAGAUGACAUGUUUGGACCUAAGUUCAGACUUACUUGUAAAUGAAAGGGAAUUUAAAGAUCUUAUGUUUGAUUACCAAAAAACUUUAUUUUACAAAUAAGUUAUUCUGUUGAAGUAGUGUUACAUUUUUAAAGAUAUUGAUGCAUCAACUGCUUUUUGUUUAUAUGAAAAACAGUAUCUGAACAAAUACUUUUACAGUAAUAAUACGUUAAUCUGAUGUAUAUUCAGAUCUGUUUAUCAUGUAAAAUAUUUUGUCGUUUCACAGCUUAAAUUUCAGGGCUGUUUUGUGAUAUGUACAUAAACUUUUAUAGAGAUACAUUAAUAAAUUGUUUACAAUUGUAGAAAAUGCCAAUAAUCAGCUGAAUUUUUUUCAGAUGUUGAAAUUCUGUUGCAUUUUUUAAAAGAACCUCAUUUCUAAUGAUUGCACCAUUUAAAAUUUAUAUCUAAUAGAUUUUUUAUUUGCUGAAAUGUAAUAACUAUUUUUGUGGCAGGUAAUACAGUUGCUCAUUUCUUAAUAAUCAAUUACUAAACUAAAUUAUUUAAUUUAAGUUUAUAAAAUUAUUAACAUUAAAAGUUUUUAAAAAUUAUUAGCAUGUUAGAGUCAAUAAAUAUAUUUCUAUAAUAAAUAUACACACACACUUUUUUUAUGCAUAAUGUAUUCUUGCACUUAAUAUUGCUGUGCGUGGGUAGCACACAAUCAGCAAAGGUAUUUUAAAAUAGCUCAAUAAGGUGAAGUUUUGAUAAAUGUUUAAAAUAAAUAAGACAA